UACAGACAGAAAAAUAUUGCCAAAAUGAAGACUUUAGACAACGUUAAGCAUCCGCUAGGAAGCAAGUGGAGUUUUUGGCUAUUCACAAAUCAAAAGAAGAAUUGGGCAGAUAAUUUGGUAAAACUGGCAACAUUUGACACCGUGGAAGACUAUUGGUGUCUAUACCACCACAUGAAAGUACCUUCAGAGCUGAAUCUAGGACAAGAGUACUUGGUGUUUAAGAAGGGCAUCCAGCCUCAGUGGGAGGACCCUGCGAAUCAGUCCGGUGGCCGGUGGCUGAUCAUACUGGAUGGGGAGAAGGCUGCCCAUGUGGAUGCUAUCUGGUUAGACACUGUGCUACUACUGAUUGGAGAGACCUGUGAACAUGUCGAUGAUGUAUGCGGAGUCGUUUGCAACAUACGCGCUAAGCACAGAAUCGCUGUUUGGAUGAGAAAUUGCAAAGCCAAACCGGUGUGCGAGGUGGGCAAGAAACUUCGCGAGCACAUACUAUCAAGAUGCAUUAUUAUCGACAUAAUCAAACAAAGGCUUUGUUUACUGUUUAGUUUAUUUUUGUAACUGUGUAGCCUUGUCUCGACUAUGUUGGGGUUGUUUUUCAGUGUGAUCGAAAGCAACUGAGUAGGUAUGUACUAGUGUUUAAAUGGAACGACUGCCUAGCUGACCUACGAUUCAGUUUCUACGUGACACUACACUGAAGUGUAUAGGCAAACGUAGUUUACUUGUACAAUAUUAUUUUCUUGUACCUACUUGUAAAUUUUCUUUAAGUAACUUUUCCCAAUCUGAGACAUGUUAAAUUAUUAUUUUAGUA